GCUUCCUUGAUCUUCAAGUCCAGCUCUUCACAGCUGGCCGCUUUCAGCGCUUCUGUGCUUCAGAGCUGGGCGAUGGGGCUCUUUCUUGGUUUAGUUUGUGUCUUCGGUCUUUAUGCUCCUCUGUGUCUUGGUGCUCCUCUGCUGCAGGUUGAGCGGGGAAAUGUCACAUUAGAUCUGGGCGAGAAACUCCAGGAUGAUGUGAUACUAGCAGCAAAAUACAUCGAACGCUUCUACAGUUUUCAGAAAGGUCCACCAGGUCAUAAGAAGAGAAGUCAUCCCUCUUUUUCUUCUAAACUGAAAGACAUGCAGAGCUUUUUUGGACUCGAUCAGACAGGCAACCUGGACACUGAGACACUGGAUGAAAUGAAGAGGCCUCGGUGUGGCGUUCCUGAUAUUGAGGAAUAUGUUUACAACCGAGGCAACAGAUGGAAGAAAAACGUGAUAACUUACAACAUUGGGAAAUACACCAGUGACCUACCUGUGAGUACAGUAGAUUCUCUGAUUGGAGCAGCUCUGGAUGUGUGGGCAAAUGCCAGCCCUUUACGGUUCUUCAGGUCUUCCUCUCAGCAAGCAGACAUUAUGGUGGAGUUUGGUUCCAAAUAUCAUGGAGACAACUACCCAUUUGAUGGACCUAAAGGCACACUAGCUCAUGCUUUUGACCCUGGAGAAGGCAUUGGAGGAGAUGUUCACUUUGAUGAUGAUGAACUAUGGACAGCAGAUUCUCGAGGAUUUAGCCUGUAUUUGGUUGCAGCACAUGAGUUUGGACACUCCUUGGGUUUAAAGCAUUCUCAAAACCCACAAUCCCUCAUGUAUCCCACCUACAGAAAGCGUCAACCACAAAACAUGCUUUCGAGUGAAGAUAUUUUGAACAUCAACGCGCUGUAUGGUCCGAGCGUUACGUCAUCUUAUUACACAAGGCUGAAUUGGAACCAUCCUUUCAAAUCUUGGUACACUGGCUAUUACUAUCCAAGGGCAGUAAAAGACAAAUGCAAUCCUGACCUGUCUUUUGACUCUGUUACUAAUGUAGGAACAUCCAUUUUCUUUUUCAAAGGCCGGUAUUUAUGGAUCAGGGAUAAUAAACAUGGCAUAAAAGAGGGUCCCAUCAACACUUUCAUUCCAAAAAUUAAUUCAUCCAUUGAUGCUGCCUACUGGCUUGGAAAAAACUCUACUACCUUCCUUUUCCGUGGUUCCAGCUAUUGGACUGUGAAGGACUCUCGGAUAAAAGGCUUGCGUAAAAAAAUCAGCAGCUUUCAUUUCCCAGCCUCGGUGAGACACAUAGAUGCUGCAGUCUACAUUCCCAACACAGGCCACAUCUUAUUCUUUACUCUGGACCAUUACUGGAGAUAUGAUGUGAGACGGAAAGCCAUGGAUAAAUCUAAUCCGCACAUCAUCGCAGAGGAUUUCCCAGGCAUUAAGACACCCAUCAGUGCAGCUUUGUAUAAGCAUGGUUUCAUUCAUUUCUUUGUUGGAGCUGAAGUGUACAAAUAUGAUGUAAAGAGAAAAAGUGUUGUUGGGCUUAAAAAAGCUAAUUCUUGGCUUGGAUGUUAAUGAAAAUUUGAAAAGAUUAUAGGCUGUAAGACUGUAUCUGUAAGAACCUGGGCUGUAUUCUUUGCUUAGAAUUGUACAAUUUGCUAUAUAGUGUGUUAUUGUGCACCUAUUAGUUAGAAAAUUAAUUUUUAGUAUCCUUCUUUAGUAUGUCAAUUACAGGUGUGUGUGUGUGUGUGUGUGUGUGUGUGUGUGUGUGUGUGUGUGUGUGUGUGUGUGUGUGUGUGUGUGUGUGUGUGUGUGUGUGUGUGUGUGUGGAGUGUUUAUCUUCAUACUUCAUAGAAAUUAAGGACUAUUUGCUAUAAGCAUAAUCAUUUAUUAUUCUGUUUGUUUUUAGCACAUAUAUGAACAUUGAAUACAAUGAACACUAAAUACCUACACUGUUAUUUAGGCAGUAUGGUAUUUGUUAGGUUUCUGUAUAAUUAGAACAGUUUCAUAAGAGACUUGAGUUUUAAGAUAGAUUGAUCAACUGAAUGUUGAUAUCUGAUCAGCAACAGAUUAUUAAAGGUCACCUGGCUACUUAGCAUAUUAUUUUGCACACUGGCUCUAUGAAUGUUAGUUUCAGUGCCUGAUAGUGUAGAAUUUGUAUACACAGAAUAUAAGAAAAUGUAAUUACAUAAACCACAUUACAAUUUUCAGAUUUAAUAAAUAUGUAACUGAUUCAUAACAUGACAUAUGCUAGAAAAUGUGAUGUAUUAUUAUUAUUUUGUAGAUAAAAUUACAUAAUGAUGUUUUUUGUUUGUUUAUUUCAAUUGGAUUUAGUAAUUUGUUUGCUUGUGGUUGACCAACACCUAUAUCAUACAUAAGCUUCUAGAAACUCACCAAAAAGAUGAAGAUUUUCCCAA